AUAUUUACUGGAAGUAGCUCGGUGUCUCUGUCGACUGUCGCUGCAAAGUGUGUACUAUCUCUGUCUCGUCUGUCUCUUCGUGGGUGCCGGUGGUGCCAUCGUAGGAGAAGAGGGUAGGAACUAGGAAUCCGGACGUAAAAAAUUAAAAUAAAAAGAAAUAUAAGGAAAAGAAAGCGAAGGCAUCUCUAUCCGCUCCUGCACGGAGUGAAUGUUGUAUUGGCUUUGUGACUCUGCUUAGAGAGAGAGAGAGAGAGAGUGAAAAAUGCAGCAGCACCUGAUGCCCAUGACGGCAGCCUACCACCCCAGCAACGUGACCACUGAUCACAUUCAACAGUAUCUGGAUGAGAACAAAUCUCUUAUUCUGAAGAUUGUCGAGAGCCAGAAUUCAGGAAAAAUUAGCGAGUGUGCAGAGAACCAAGCAAGGCUGCAGCGAAACCUUAUGUACCUGGCUGCAAUUGCAGAUUCUCAACCCCAACCCCCUACCAUGCACGGUCAGUUUCCUUCCGGUGGAAUUAUGCAGCCAGGAGCACAGUACAUGCACCAUCAACAGGCUCAACAGAUGACAUCACAGUCGCUCAUGGCAGCACGCUCCUCCAUGUACGGCCAACAGCCAUUUUCAGCACUGCAACAGCAGCAAGCCUUGCACAGCCAGCUUGGUAUGAGCUCUAGUGGAAGUGCAGGACUUCACAUGCUGCAAAAUGAUGCUAAUCAUGCUGGAGGUAAUGGGGCGCUUGGGCUUGGAGGGUUUCCUGAUUUUGGACGUGGAUCCAGCGGAGAAGGCUUGCAGGGUGGUAGUAGGGGGAUUGCUGGUGGAAGUAAGCAAGAUAUUGGGAAUGCUGGGUCUGCUGAAGGACGAGGGGGUAGCUCUGUGAGCCGCGAUGUUGAUGGAGGUGAUACUCUUUACUUAAAAGCUGCUGAUGAUGGGAAUUGAGGAGUAAGAAUGAAGGAUUUAGACGAUGGUCGUCAGCAUCUAAACCUAGAGGAGAUAGAUGAGGAAUAUGAAUUUUGGGUAAAUGAAGAAAAUUACUUUAGUACCUUGUCAUUUUAAGUGGCAUUGGUUAGGAUUUACCUUCAAACCUCUGCCUUGAUGUUUUUAAGUGAUGUGAAUGGUGUAUGCUAUGGUAGUGUAUUGUGUAAAUUUGGUAGGUCAUAUCUUGAGUUUAGACGUUUGUCACUUUCAUUGUGCUCUUUUGUUUAGUUAUGGAUGCAUUAUUAUGGUAUUAUUAUAUGUUAUUUUAGUAAA